UCCCCCUCCCGGCGGCGGCUCGGGAGCCGGGCGCGGCUGGCGGCGGCCCCGGGUGGGACCAUGGCGGACGGCGUGGACCACAUCGACAUCUACGCCGAUGUGGGCGAGGAGUUCAACCAGGAAGCUGAAUAUGGUGGGCAUGAUCAGAUUGAUUUAUAUGAUGAUGUAAUUUCUCCAUCUGCAAAUAAUGGAGAUGCUCCAGAGGAUCGUGAUUACAUGGAUUCUCUUCCGCCAUCUGUUGGGGAUGAUGUAGGUAAAGGAGCUGCACCAAAUGUUGUCUAUACCUAUACUGGAAAGAGAAUUGCCUUGUACAUUGGAAAUCUCACUUGGUGGACAACAGAUGAAGACUUAACUGAAGCAGUUCAUUCACUGGGGGUAAAUGACAUUUUGGAGAUAAAAUUUUUUGAAAACCGUGCUAAUGGCCAGUCGAAAGGGUUUGCCCUUGUGGGUGUGGGAUCGGAAGCAUCCUCCAAAAAGCUGAUGGAUUUGUUGCCUAAAAGAGAAUUGCAUGGGCAGAAUCCUGUUGUAACUCCGUGUAAUAAACAGUUUCUGAGUCAAUUUGAAAUGCAGUCAAGGAAAACCACACAGUCUGGCCAGAUGUCUGGGGAAGGUAAAGCUGGUCCCCCGGGAGGAAGCUCACGAGCAGCAUUUCCACCUAGUAACAGAGGUCGGGGCCGCUUUCCAGGUGCCAUUCCAGGUGGAGACAGAUUCCCUGGACCAGCAGGGCCAGGAGGGCCACCACCACCUUUCCCAGCUGGACAAACUCCCCCACGUCCACCCUUAGGUCCUCCUGGCCCACCAGGCCCACCAGGCCCUCCACCACCUGGUCAGGUCCUCCCACCUCCAUUAGCUGGACCUCCUAAUCGUGGUGAUCGUCCACCACCACCAGUUCUGUUUCCAGGACAGCCUUUUGGUCAGCCUCCACUUGGGCCACUUCCUCCAGGCCCUCCACCACCAGUUCCAGGCUAUGGGCCACCACCAGGUCCACCACCACCUCAGCAGGGUCCACCUCCACCUCCGGGUCCAUUUCCCCCUCGUCCACCUGGCCCUCUUGGGCCACCCCUGACUCUUGCUCCUCCUCCACAUCUCCCUGGGCCACCGCCAGGUGCUCCACCACCAGCACCACAUGUGAAUCCAGCUUUCUUCCCCCCACCUGCCAAUAGUGGCAUACCCACUUCAGACAGCCGGGGCCCGCCUCCGACAGACCCAUAUGGCCGACCUCCACCAUAUGACAGAGGUGACUAUGGGCCACCUGGAAGGCGUUUCACUGGAAAUAACAUGUCCAUAAGAGAAAAAUUACAUAUUCCAUUCUAUGGGAGGCACACGAAAAAUAAUACUCAAAACUCAGGGAGAGAAAUGGAUGCUGCGAGGACACCUUUAAGUGAAGCAGAAUUUGAAGAAAUCAUGAAUAGAAAUAGGGCAAUCUCAAGCAGUGCCAUUUCAAGAGCUGUAUCAGAUGCCAGUGCUGGGGACUAUGGAAGUGCUAUAGAGACCUUGGUAACUGCGAUUUCCUUAAUCAAACAGUCCAAAGUAUCUGCAGAUGAUCGCUGCAAAGUACUCAUUAGCUCUCUUCAGGACUGCCUUCAUGGAAUUGAGUCCAAGUCUUAUGGUUCUGGAUCCAGAAGACGUGAGCGAUCCAGAGAGAGGGACCACAGUAGGUCACGAGAAAAAAGUAGGCGGCACAAAUCACGCAGUAGAGACCGUCACGAUGACUAUUACCGGGAAAGGAGCCGGGAGAGGGAGAGGCACCGCGAUCGUGACAGAGAUCGUGACAGAGAACGGGACAGAGAGAGAGAAUAUCGUCACCGUUAAAGAAGCUGAAGGAAGAGGAACAGCGUGCAAGACAAGAUACAUUCUUCAAGGAAAGAUGCUUGUCCAGCAGUUUGCUUCAUGUGAUUGAACUGAGCCUGUAAGGAUUCAUGGAUAAUAUGAACAGGAAUAGAUCUGAAUAAAGCAAAUCUGCAUACAUGGUAACCAGUAGCUCUUUUACUUUUUUAUGUUGCUUAACUGUUUUAUUUGAGGGAAAUCUGUGUGAUUUAAACCUUAUAGCUUUUGCAACUUUAUUACUGGUUAUAUACAUUUGGCAAUUAUAAUGUGCAAGCAAUUGAAAAAAAGUCAAGUAAAUGCUUGUUUUUAUAGUAGUUUGUUCAUGUUAAACUGUUCAUAUAAUGUCUGUACACAGCACCACUGAUUACAGUAGAUGUAGUGUUGUAAUAAACUGUUUAAUGGGGCUGAUGUGUAAAGCUGUUCAAGUUAUUUGAUGUUUACACCUCAGGGAAAGUCAUGUGUUCAGCAAUAUUUAAAGAUAAUGUUACAAUGAAAACAUUGAUGCUGUCUUCAGAAACAUCGCAAUAGUUCUUGCCUAUGCCUCAACCUAAUCUUGGAUUCAGCGAGUUAAACAUACUAAUGUUGCGCUCUCCCACUCAAUUUUGAUACAAAAAUAGGUGGUUAAGUGAAAUCUUUAAUUCUGUUUUGCUUUUUAGCAGUGUUUACCUAGGUGGCUUGUGAAUUUGCUAAUUGACUUAUAAAACUGUAAAAACUGCAGCUCUCUGUGGUCGGUUGUUCUGAGGUGAGAUAGUCCCAGGUCUGUGAUUUUUAGCACACUGAAAUUUUUAUCUCUCAUACAGCCUUGAUCCUGAUUGACACUAGAGUUAAUAUAAACUUCAACUGUUCAUAUGAACUUAAACUGCCCAUAAUAAGGAGUAGAAAAGUUAGGUUUAAAACACCCAAAAUCCUGCAGUUGUUUACAGUUUUAUAGUAAUAGUGCUUGUGUGUGUUCCCUGUCCACCCCCAAGACCGUAGCAGUCUGUACAUAGUUGUAUAUUAGAAAUGUGCCAGAAGAAACAAGAUGUUACCAUUUUUAUGACUUCAUGGGUUUGGUAUUUUUUUAAUACUUUGGGGUUUAUUCACACGUGCAUAUAAAAGAGAAGGUACAUUUGUAUGUCCUUGUUCACCAGUGGGCAAUAUUUAAAAUGUCUUUAGCAAAAAAUGGCACUGAUUAAAUUUGUCAGAUGAGGUUUUGUAAAUUUACCUAAAAACAAAUUAAUGGAGCACUCAGUGAAAGUAGGCAUCAAAUUAAAGAAUUUGUUUUAAAUUUCAUCAAGUGUCAAAUGCAAGCAAAUUUCAUAAAAGCUGCAAAAGCUUCAUUUCAGUCAGCCUUGCACAAAGGCUCGCUUUUAGUCUAUUGUAAAAUGUUAUGUAACAGACACACUCUUGGAGUUGUCAUUCGUUCAAAUAGCUGCACUUAAUGUUUUAAGUUAAGUUUCAAGACCUCAGAUGGCUUUAAGAGGCAACUCUUAGAAGCCUCUUGAUUUCUUUUUUACCAAUUUUGAAGAUUUUACAGCUGACUUAAAAUGUUACCCUGUUCAGGAAAGCAUUUAAAUCUGUUUGGUUUUCCAGAGCGUAUAAAGCAUGUGCUUAUAUUUCAUAGAUUUCAAGAAAUGUAAACAUAUGCUUUAAGUGUUGUAUUUGCAUAUGUGAGUGAUUUUUAUGCUUUACUGAGUUGGGGCCAGUAGCUUGUGCAACUGCUAAAGUUUUGCAUAAGCCUGAAAUGCUCAAAUAUUUUUGGCACCUACUAUUGAACCAGGUUUCCUGCAGCCAGGUUGAUGCUGUUGCACUUGGCUACAGCUUCAGACUCGCCCCUUUUUCUUUUUUUCUUAAACUGUGUACCUCAGUUCCUCACGCAUGGGAUCACUGGUGUUAAUUGAACUAUUUGCUUCUGAGAAGAUAUUUCACGACUUUGUUUAAUCCUGUUUGAAAAUGAAAACUGCCUUUAAAUAUUUUGUAAAACUGAAAGUUGUAUCAAGCAAGUCAUGAAUCACUUCUUGCUUUUUUUGUGAAUAGGUAUUGGUUACAAACAGUACUGUUGUAACUUUGUUUUCUUUACUUAAAAACAUUGUUUACUACUGUGUGUAAUAACUUCAAGGAAGAAAUUACCUGCCUGUAGCAGUUAAAUGGGGAAUAGCUAAUACUGGAAAAGCAGCAGGUAAGUAGUGUUCCAUUGCGUAGAUAUAUGAAAUUUUAAAAUAAAAGUAACGUUUACAAGCAUUUUAUGUAGGAACUGAUAUUUUAGUCCACAUUGAAAUAGAUUUGAGACUGUUGCUCUUUUUACAUAGAUUGUCAUUUCUCACUCACAUAUUUCCAUUGCUGGCAAUGGAAAUAGCAGGGAGAGAAUAGCAGGGGGUAAAUAAUGUAAGUUAAACAGAAUGACCAUUGUGACCUGAGAGAUGAGAUCCCUGUAUGAAGUCCAUUAUUUCUGCCUGUUCUCCAGAUUCUUAGUUUUAACAGAUAAAUGUACUGUGUUGCAUUUUAGGUAAUACUCUCUUGUUGUAGUGAGCUUCCUUUGUUAGAUUUUUUUUUUUAUAAAACAAAAAAGCGUACAGAAAAAAUCCAAAGACCCUGAUAAACACCAAAAAGGAAUAUGCCUAAUGUACAUCAUGUGUAACUGGAUCUGUAGUAGAAUUUUUACCAAGUCUUGGUUUACUAAAGGUUCCUACAAUUUUCUGUACACGUGCAGGAAAUGGCAGUUUGAAAACUUGCUGAAUGGUGGUGAUGCCAUGAUGGCUACUGCUGUUUAAUAUUCAUUCAGUUGUAUUUCAUUUCCUUUUGCUGAUGAAAGGAUGAAAUCAUCUCUGAGGAAAUACUUAAUUUUUUUCAAAUAUUGAGUUUAUAAGUAACAUUGAAAAUAUUAUCUAAAGGCUAUGUCCUUUAUCUUGAAAGACAAAACUAAUAAGUAGUGACUUAGGGGUGGUGGUGCUUUACCAACAGACUUUGUUUUGGUUGUUUGUUUUUUAGAAGUAGAGGGUGGUUUUUUUAAAGUAAAAUUUUUACAAGAUUAUGCAUUUUGACAGGUCAAAGUACUUAAGAAGAACAACAUAGCAUUUUGGAAACUGUACAGUCUUUCUUUUUUCCCCUCAUUCCUUUUUUGCUUCCUGUGCCAAUAUUUUUUGUUCUGAUGGCAUUUUGGAAAAUGUUUGUCAGAACUUCAGAUUUUUAUUUACAGUGUGGCUUAUAAGCUUGGAUAGCUGUUGUUUUUUGUGUUAAACAAGAUAUUUUUAUUAAGUUUAGACAUUAGCUUUUUUCUUUAUGGACUGAGUACUUUCUCGUUUUGUUCCUUUGAAAUUGGUGAGGCUUAGUUUUUUUAACUGUAUUUUUUUACCUUAUUGUUUAGUUGCAUACACAAACCCUUGUAAAUGGUUUUUUUUCCUAGUUGUAUGUGGAUAAUUGGAGAUUUAAAUGUUGUAUAUACUUGUCAUCUGUGUUUCUAGUAAAAUACAUGGCCUUCUUUGUAGAAA